AUGGUGAGGACUGACCCUUUUCAGGUGCCUGAAAGAUACAUCCGAGACGAAAAGGAUGUUGCAAACGAUGCCGAUUUGUGCUCUCAGCUCUCCGAUCCUCUGAGGUUCCCACCCUUGAUUUUUCUCUCUACUCAAAUGGGAACAAAGAGGAGCUUCACAGGCUCGACCAGGCUUGCAAGGAAUGGGAUGGUGAAUCAUGGAGUAGCAACAGAAUUUACCAAGGGCAUGAAGGAUUCAGCGAAGAAGUUCUUCGAACUUCCAUUGGAAGAGAAGAACAAAAUUGCUAUGCCACCAAAUGACAUACAAGGCUAUGGCCAUUCCCAUGCAGAUCAGAUCCUGGAUUGUUUGGGUCUCAGUCCACAUUCAGACAAAGGCAGCUUGGCCAUACUUAUGCAAGAAGAAGAUGUAGUGGGACUCCAAAUCAAACACAACGGGAAAUGGGUGCCGAUCAAUCCAUUGGCAAAUGCUUUCAUUGUGAAUGUUGGUGAUAUUAUUGGGAUAUGGAGUAAUGGGAAGUACAAGAGCAUUGAACACAGAGUGGUGACAAACGAAAGCAAGGCGAGAAUAUCUUAUUCAACCUUUUAUUUACCACAUCGAGAUGUUGAUAUUGAACCCCUUGAUCAAAUGGUACUCGAGUCUCCAGGGUCCCUUCCAUUGUACAAGAAAGUCACUUAA